UGUUAUGUCUUGUGGAUAUCGAAGUAAAAAUCACUCGGGAGUCCCCAAGUAUCAAUCUAAGUUCCGGUCGAUUCUAACGCCAUUUUCCAAGGUCGACUGCAACAAACGAGAGGUCAAAAUAAAUCGCGUUUUUCUUCGACCCUUCUUCGAUCCCAUCAACGUUGAAUUUCGCGAGUGAACUCUCGACAGUCGUGGAUCAUUCGCUUUGUGCUUGAUUUGUCAGAUUCUUGAUUCUUCCCUUAGUUCAGAUACUUCAGUGGUGGCUGGGGGAGCUGAGGAGAUUGAUUUGUGCCUCUAAAACCCGGGUGCUUUAUAAAUCCGCGGGUGGGUUUCUUUUGAAGGGCAUUAAAAACCUAAUACAAACCGGGAGUUCUGCGAAGCCGGGAUGAUGCCGUGGUUAAUAUACCCGGCCGUUUACUGGGCUGCAUAUCCAUCGAAUCGAAAGAUGCCAUUAUUUCUAAAUUAAAACAACCAUCCACACGAUUUGUCACGUAUCGCGUGUGUUCAAUACGAAUGUUAGUCGAGCUACCUGCUUUUCCGAGCCUUGGUAGGACGCCUAGAACCGUAGCCAGCGGUUAGGAAUUUGGAAACUUUUUUUUUUUUUUUAAAUAAAGCCGGGACUCGUUUUAUCUGGACCCAAAAAAAACACUCAUAUACAUUUAUAAUUGACCAACGAAAAUCAAGAUGGCAUCACAAAGUCAAAAUUCUGUCAGUGUGGCUAAUUCUCCUUCAAAUGGACAGCCAGCAGCGGCUCCUGGAAUUUCUACUGUCAAGACGCAGCCUACGCAAGAGACCAUGCAGCCACAGCAGCAACCGCAAACAAACAAUUUUGAACCCAUUGACAAGAGCUCUUCAAACACCCUCAAGCGGAAUCCUAAGAUGAAACUAAAAAAAAAAGAUCUCUUGAAACUCCUGGGGUAUUUGGAAGGUGAACUGCAGGCACGAGACAUCGUCAUAGCGGCUUUGAAAUCAGAGAAAAUGAAGCAUCUACUGAACUCUCGCUAUCUUUGCGGCACCAAUGAUCCCCAGGCUGCAUUAGCAAGGGAUGACGUAGUGCUCGGGGGCGUGAUAGUAGCGGAUAAGAAACAAGUAGACCAGCAGGUUGCGAGUCUCGAGGCAUUGGUGAUGCAGCAAAGGCGGACGCAGUGCCGAAUGGCCAAGGUUCUUAAGGAUGCGGAGAUCAGACACAGAGCGGUGAUCAAAGAGCUCGAAGAAGAAAAGAGAAAACACGAGCACGACACGGCGCAAGGUGACGACAUAACUUAUGGUCUCGAGAAAGAGAGGACCAGGCUAAAAAAAGAGUUGGAACUUGAGAAGCAGGAGAAGAAGCGUUUAGAAAUCGAAAUAAAAAAAGCCAACGACACUCUCGAGGAAGAAAAGAACAGGCAGAAGCAAAUAGUACUUCUUCUUCUAGCGGAAAGAAAAAAGAUAAUAAUGAAGUAUAUAGAGGAGAGAAAGAGGUCGGAAGACUUGGCGCAGAUCCUGACCGAAGAAAAAGUGCGGAUCGACUCUAUGGCCGAAGGACUUGAGGAAGAGAGCAAAAAAUCUUUGCAAAUGGAAGCAGAGUUAGAAAAGCAGCUUGCACAGUUUGAUAUGGAGAGACAGCAAUACAGGCAGGCGAUCCUGAAGGAAGAGAAACGGGGGAAGGAAUUAGAGGCGGAGAUAGAAAAACUCAAGGCUGAAAUGGAAACGUGGAAAGACACGCAAUCCCGCACCGGACCAUCUAGAGUAGCAGGAACCGUUCCACCUCCUCCGCCUGCUAAGCCAGCGAACUUGACCGCUAUGCCAACUCUGAGACCCGCAGCUGCACCACAAAUGCUCAAAGGGGCAGUCCUCGGUACAGGGACGCCCAUGGUCAGCAGUAAAGUUGUACAACCAACGGCUACUGUUACAAGUGUUCCAGUUAGUGGACCCACUACCGGAAUAGCUCGAUCUGUGACUCCGGGCCAAGCGUUGAGAAGUGUGGCUUACGCCGCGUCGCCAACUCCGGGGAUAGGUGAAUCCGUGGCGCCAACAGAGGCACAGGCAAUAGAAAAACGGCCUAUCGCCGGUGUUCCGAUCGGUCCAACAAACGCGGCAAAAUUAGCAACGGUUGGACAGAGUAGCGGGAAGGUGCCGUUCCAUGGAACGCUAUCAAAUUCGCCGCAGGCACCCGGAAUACCACCGGCGAAAAAACCCUCAAUAUCUCGCGGAGUACCACCGCCGGUUCCACCGAACAAACCGGUCGUACCGCCAAAAAAAGAAGCCGCUUAUCUCAGGCGGACCGACACCUCGCAGGAUACGGCUAAAUUUCAAAAACCGAAUGUUACGCAUCCGACGACUGCCGCUGGAACGAUUCAGCAGCAAAUCGUCACGACGACGACGACUCCUGCUGCGACAGCGAACGCCGUCGAAGAUGAGAACGCUACUCCUCGCUGAUUUUAUAAUUAAGAUGCGUCUGCAACGUCCUCGCGGUCAUCUCGUCGAGCAAACAUAUACACGUGUGGGGGUACACGUGCUCGACUUUUUAUCUCCAGUCAUAUUUAUAUAGGGAUGAGAAAUCCUCUUUCAGUUUCUCCACUCGGUCGAACGGGUCGGAAGACGAAAAAAUCCAGACGAUCGGUCUCCGUAGAAUUUUUUGUCUCAGGAGUCCCAUGCACACCAUUUCUCGCCUCACUUUUCUACCACAUUGCCGGAUCGGUCGUGAAAAGUUUUCAACGAAAGAUCGAAGGGCACUUGAUUUAUCAAUCGAUCGAUCUGGUUUUCUUUUACUUGAAAAUGUAUCGACGCAAUCAUUGUCAGAUUUUUUUCCCACCCCGUAUGAGAAAGUCUUCGAAAACUGUGGAGAGUCCUUUAUUCGUUGAAUUGUAAAAACUGUCUAAAAUCGUAGCGAAAGAGAUAGUGAUGGAAAAAAAUUUUCCCCGGAUGAUUCUAUGGGAACGGAAAUUGUUUUUCCUAGGUUUUUUUUUUUUUUUUUUUAUCGUUAGAAAAUAUAUCCGGGUAAAAUUUUUAGUUAGAUAAAUCCAAGUAGCUAGAAACGCCCCCGGUAGUAUGUUAUAGUUCAAUUAUAUAUAUAUAUAUAUAUUUAUCUAUCGUCGGGCUAGACUGUGUUGUAUAAUAAAGCAAAAAAGUAAGAGAGAAGAGAGUAGAUUGGCAGUAAAUAAAGUAAAUGAAUAAUGAAAUAUUUAAAUAAAUGACUGUAAUGAAUAUAGCGAUUGUCAAAACUAUAUAUUAUACGAUAUGACAUUACUUAUUAUUAUACCACAAUUUUAGAUAACGAAAAUAAUAUUUCUGUAAAUAAAUACCAAUCUGAUGAUCGAUCGUGAACGUGAUAAAAUGUUAAAACAAAAACUCACUCAAAUGAGAAGAGAAAAGAAGAAAACAAAUUUCUUUUAAAAUAGUCAGUCAUAUAAUAGCUACGGUCACUGCCUCAGCACGAUGAAUUGCGCAUACAAAUAAUAAAAUAGAACAAAAAAAAAAAAAAAAAAAAAAAGAAGAAGAAAAUCUCACAAUGAACUGAACCAGUUUCCGUUACAAUUUUCUACAAUUAUAUUGAAUAAAUAUUUGUCAAAGGAAAAGAAUAAAUAAGGUACAGCCUGAAAUUUCGUGGCACCAGAUUUACUCUGUUCCCUGUACACGCGAAUAAAAUUGACACUGCUAAUCUAUGAUAACGUAAUCACGUGUACCUGUGGUGUAAAUUUUUUAACUGACAAUUUUAAGUUUGUUUUUCUUAGAUUUGUUUAAAUUUUUCGCAAUUUUUUUUCCCGACUGCUUUGUAAUCCGACUUUACACACGAUAUAUGGCAUAUUUGUGCUCUGAUGGUUAUAAUAUAAUUACGAAUUAUUACGAUUAUACGGAAAAUUUUUCGAGUACAAUUGUCUUCCAUAUUUUUGUUUCACCGAGAGAAAAAAAAAAAAAAAAACGAAAAAAAUGCAAUGAAAGAAAGAAGGAAAGUAUUCCGGUGUUGAAAUUGAUCAUUUUUUAACUGUUGUUUCUUCAAAGGAUUGAGUUUUGAUAAAAGUGUGCAAUGUAAAAUAGCCCAAACUGACUCGAGGGACCGAUGAAGUGAGGUAGCGAUGUUAGUAAUUUUUCUAAUUAUCAUUUUAUUCAAGUCGCAAAUGAUACCGAUACCAACCGAUCUAUAACGAUUAAUAAUGCAAAUAUUAGUAUACUUUACACGAGAAGAAGAAAGAACGAAAGAAAAAAAAAAAAAUACACACAUACGAUCGAAUAAACUAGAUCUGCAUAGUCGCGCUUAAUUAAAUACGUUUAUUACAUUAUAUAGCCAUUAGUAUUUAAUAGAACUGUGAUUUUUAUACUUGCUAAUUAUUUAUAUUACUGUACUACUGUAUUGCAACAAUUAUGUAUACAUAUAUACUAUCUACAUAAAUGUGUGGCAUCAAAACUAAACCUGUACAUUUAGAAGAGAACAAAGAAAAAAAAAAGAUAAAAAAAACCAUAAAAACUUUCGUAUUGGCCUCCUUCGACGGUUUGCUGAUUUCUACUCGAAAAACGACAAAAAAAAGAAAAGAGAAGAAGUGAAAAAAUAAAUUCUCCUACGAUGAUGAGUACGUGUCUCGUUCGAUGACGAUAAAAAAAAAAAAAUAAAAUGCUCGUAAUAAAAAUGAGGAAGAAAACAAAUUGAAUGGAGGUAAAAUGCAAAAAACAAUGUAAAUACAAAUGAUUACAUUAUAAAUACUAUUGGAUGUACUUAUCGGGUAGUAAUUGCGUAAUUGUUCAGUUGAAAUUUACUAAUAAAAUAUUACAAUAUACAAUUAUAAAUAUAUAAUAAAGUCAAGAUGCAUACAUAACGUGUGUGUGUAAAAAAACUUUAUUGCUAUAGACAUUUGAAAAAAAAAAGGGAGAAAUGAAAAAAUAAGAAAACAAAUAUACGUUACAUAACCGUAUCAACGUAUAUAAAUUAGUAACUUGAAUUAAACAAUAAAUAAUUGAGAUGGUGAGAUUUCACUUUUGAUUGAAACUUUUGUUUUUUUCAUGUAUUGAGUGUGCAGUAAAAUUGUUGUCGAUCAGUUGGACCAUAUAAAUAAUUGAUUAAAUAAUUUAUGUAUAACGAUCAAAGGAAAGAAAAGAAAAGAAAAAACUCUAAACGGUAUACAUAUAUACCUUGGGAUAUAAUAAUGGUAUUGACAUUAAUAAUAAUAACAAUAAUAAUAAUAAUAUACAUAAAUAGACAAUCCGAUGCAUAAUUGAUAAAUAUUAUUAUAUUAUUGCCAGCAAUGAAUUACACAUAAUAAAUAGGAUUAUACAUAAGAAUUAUCCAAUUACUCGACGUUCAAAUUAGUUAUUAGAUAAUGGAAAAAAGAUAGUGACUACAAAGAAUUCGAAAACCUGCAAUACCUACAGAAUAAUAAACUAAACUAAUCAAUUGUUUUCUAUCGAGCUAUGAUAUACAUUUUCAAUUCGUUUCGAAAUUAUUUCUCUUUCUUUUCUUUUCUUUUCCGUUAUUUUCUUUUUCAAUUUUUCACAAUUAUUUCUAAAUCCUCGCAAAUUUCUGAGGGCAUGUGGAAUACCUAUACAUAUACAUGUAUAAGUAUAUAUGAAUAUAUAUUUAAAUAUACAUACUGUAUAUAUUGCACAUUAUACUGUAAUGCGAGAAUAUAAUUAUAUAUAUGCAUAUAGAUAAUUACGCAUGAAAAAUUGCAGCGGUCUGUACGUCUGUCUGUUUGUCUGUCUAUCGCAAGCAAAACGAUUGAGAAACGUAUAGAAAUUGUUUUUUUUUUCUAGUUAUACCCUAUUUUUAAUACGAACAAAAAAUAAAAUAAAACGACAAAACUGAAUUUUACUAUUUACAUUAUAAUGUUAUAUCUGUAAAAAAUUUAAUUUUCUCAAUAUUCUCGUGAUGCUAUAAUAUGAGAUCGCGCGCGUGUGUGAAUUAUUAUAUUAAUACUAUUAUUUAUUGUUAGAUGCGGAAUUGUAUGAUGUACGUACUUAAUACUCAUUAUAUUACAAUAGCGUAAAGAAAAAGAAAAAAAAGAAGAAUAGAAAAGGAAAAAUGGAAAACCAAAACCAACGAGAAACGCAAAGAGAAAAUUAAACCGCAAUACCAUCAUCGACCUACAUUGGUGUUAAAAGAAUGAGAGAAUAGAAGGAAAAAAACAACGUUAUAUGAUUCAAUAUGUAGACUGGGCUGUGAUACUACAGUCUAAAAUAAUAAAUGAAUAUCAUUAUC